AUUUUCUUAUGUGGUAAAUGACGUCACUGUCAGCUGUGCUUGUGGACACAGGAACCACUCGAAUUUGUUUGAAUGUUUACUACUCUCCAUAUAUAAACUUCCGUUUUACUUUAUAUAGUCCACAAGCAUCUUGAAAUUCACCCCAAAGUAAGUGAUGCGUCAGAAAGCCAACGGGAUCCACCCAUAUGUUAAAACCCAGUGUAGUAUUUUCAUUUUGAUGGACCGUGAAUGGUGAAGAUGCUGAUAAGGCGGCUGUCGAAUGCCCUUUUCUUUUUGUAACCUGUAGUUAACGUAUGGCCCGCCCAGCUUAGUGAUACUAAAGAGUGCUCUUAUACGGUUUACUUCAAAAGAAAGUGGUUGUAGAUAUCUAAGUUGUGAGAAAGCUUGAAAAUUACAGGUGAAAUCAGUAAGGGUGGAGAUUGUGCAGCCUGGCAAUGUUUACAUUUUAGAGUAAGAGUUUUGUAACCGUUUUUGAAUGGUUCAAAGUGUGAUGCCGAGUAUAACUGGGCCGUUCGUGUUGGGCGGUGGAAGUAGUGGGACAGGGGAGAGAGAGAACAGUGACGGUGGUGGUAAUCGUGGGGGAGGGAGGAACAGUGGAGUGACACGGCCGAUGUCCAAUGAGGAUUGUGGGAUACGAGAAGUAUGGGCACACAACAUGGAAGAGGAGUUUCAUCACAUCCGCUGCAUUGUGCACCAGUUCCCCUAUGUUGCCAUGGACACAGAGUUUCCUGGUGUGGUUGCACGACCAAUUGGUGAGUUCCGAAGUAAUGCAGAUUACCAGUACCAGCUGCUAAGAUGCAAUGUGGACCUCCUCAAAAUCAUCCAGCUGGGUCUCACAUUUCUUGAUGAACAUGGCAAGACACCUCAGGGGUUUAGUACUUGGCAGUUUAAUUUCAAGUUUAAUCUCACGGAGGAUAUGUAUGCACAAGACAGUAUAGACCUACUGCAAAAUUCUGGACUACAGUUCAAAAAACACGAAGAAGAUGGAAUAGAACCUGUUAACUUUGCUGAGCUUCUAAUGACAUCUGGCAUUGUAUUAUUUGAUAAUAUCAAGAUGCUCUCCUUCCACAGUGGGUAUGACUUCGGCUACCUGUUAAAAUUGCUAACAGAUCAGAACCUACCGCCAGAGGAAAGUGAUUUUUUUGAUCUUCUAAGACUCUACUUCCCUUCUAUUUAUGAUGUAAAGUACCUGAUGAAAUCCUGCAAGAACCUGAAAGGAGGACUGCAGGAAGUUGCAGAACAACUAGAACUGGAGCGUGUGGGCCCUCAGCAUCAAGCUGGGUCAGAUUCACUUCUUACAGGUGCAGCCUUCUUCAAAAUGAAAGAGAUGUUCUUUGAAGACAAGAUUGACGAUGCAAAAUACUGUGGUCACUUAUAUGGUCUUGGGACUUCAUUUGUGGUGAACGGCAAUUCAACAGCUUCAUACACGGACAAUGGUCACACGUCAGACUCAACAUCCAAUUCAUAGUGCAUUGGAAGAUCCCAGCACACCUGCCAUGUGUACAGACUUUACAUGUCAUGCAGAAAACUUUGCAGACAUGCUUAAAUCCUAAUGACACAACCAGCUGAAUGAGUGAAGGGUAAAAAUAAUAAUUUUGACAGAUUACUAUAUGUUUAUGAAUAAUAUGGCUCCUCAGCUGAGAUUCAUGUUCUGGAGGUGCCAUCUUAUUACACCAUUUUUAUUUUCAUUUCCAUAUAUGUUUUAGAUUUGUUAUAUGCUCACACUCUCACUCUGCUCCUGGUGAGUAAACAGUGAACAAUGGGUUUAGAACCACAAUUCGUGAAAAUGCAUAUAACAAGUUUUCUCCGUAAUAUGUUUAGAAAUUAAAUGUCCAGCCAAAUUUCAGAUAUUGUCAGAAAAAAUAGCUAAUGAUUAAACAGUACAGUUUAUGUUUUUAUGUACCAGGGGGAAGUGGAAAAGUUCAUCAUUUUUAAUCCAGUGCUUGAAUGACUCAAAUUGAAAGUGUGCUUUGGUAAAAUAUAAUGCAAAUCCUUCUUGUAACUUUAUCAUCUUGAUGAAAGAUGUUCUAGUAAUUAGGUAUAGCUAAGAGUAAAACUCGUCAGGAAUUCAUACUGUCAGAGAUGUACAGACCUUCAUGCAAGACCUCCAAUCAGGACAUUAGGAAUUGGUACUGGUAUUACUGAAGACAGAGGUCACUUAAAAUCACAUUGGUACAACUACAUGAAAGUUAUGGGGAGUUCAGUCAGGGAUAAAUCGUCCAAUACAAAUUUGGUGUUCGAGUGUAGGUCUGCAAUGAGGAGGAAUGUCAUUAAUUCAGUUUCUGCUAAAUUUGUUCAUAUAUUUGUGUUGAAGUUGAAUCUUUAUUGCAUUAAUAUUUUUGGAAAUAUGGAAAUAAUGUAUGUUAAUGUUUCUCUGUUGAAUAUUUACUUUAUGGAAAGUAUCUUGUGUUAGGUAAUGCAAAAGUAUUUUGUUAUGGAAAUUUUAAAAUUGUCUUAGUAUGUACUGUAUUUUCCUGGAAAAUUUUUGUCUAGGAUUUUUAUAGUCCAAUUUUGUGUAAUAUCAGCAAUCAAGGAAUAAAAAUAGUGAUGUGGAUUUGCAGGAAUAUUGUAACUUUUAUAUAUCUUAAUGCUUGGGAUGAGUUUGCCAACAUUACUUUAAAAAUUCCAAUUUAUGUUUCUAUAAAGUAUUUUAGGCUGCAAAUUUAUCAUUAAGAUAUACAAGUUUUACCUUUGUUACUAGCAUAUAACACACUUCCAGUUUCAGCACAUGCAUGCAGCAAUACCACUGAAUAAUUUCAAAAUGUAUUUCAAACAUAUUUGGGAAAAAAUUUUAAUAUAAUAUUAGAUUUAUGAGUACUGUACAUUAAGUAUAAGUAAAUUCUCCAAAGUUGCAUUUUUUCUGCUAUUAAUGUAUGUAUCAAUUUGCUUAUUUAGGCUUUUUUGUAUUUAUUUUAUUUUAUUUUGUUUUUCCUUGGGGAAGUUCUAAGUACUUAUCAAUGUAUGUUAAGGGAUUGCUAAUUAUCAGUUUUCUCAUGAAACAUUCUUGAAUAAGUAAGUUUCUGAACUGCAACUUGCAUCUCGUAUCAACGUCCAUCACACCACCACUUAACAACUGCCACUCUUUUCACGUAUUUCUAAACCCCCCCCUCAGCCCUAGUUCAAAAUUCAUGCUUGAGAAAAAUUAGCUCAUGAAAACUGUUACUUAUUGAUUUAUUUUAUUUAUUUAUUUUUUAUUUUGGGUCAUUAAGAGUGAAAUUCCACUUACGUCCAUUUGAACUCAAGUUUGUCUUCAGAGUUAGGGCCCGGUCGUCCAUUGCUGUCAUUUACGUCCAGUUUAGAUGUAAAAUCCAAGCUUGAAGUGACUGGAAGGGCAGGGUUCAGCUUCUUCGUAAAUGUUUGGCAAGUGUUUCAUGCCUUGAUCCUCAAGCAGUAUACAAUAUACCAAGUACUUGUGUGGUGUUAUUCUUCACAUAAUAGAGAGAUUUUAAAAGCUCUCAAUCCGGAUUUGGGCUGCUAGAUGUUUAAGGCCAAUAAUCAUUAUAAUGAAUGAAACCACUCAGGUGUUUAGGAGAAUAGACUAUUGUUUUGGGAUUGAAGCAUUAGUAUUAGGUAGAUUUUAUAAGGAAUUUUAUUGUAUGCUGUUAGUAUCAAGCAUUUUUGUCAUGUGUAAUGUUCAGUCAUUCAAACAUUUUGGUAUACUUAUGAGAACUGAACACAAACAAGAAAACUGGAUUUCUUGAUUAAAUGGAAGUAAACACUGCCCAAUAUUCCUUUCUGUGAUGGAAAUAAGAGAAGGAAUUGAUGCCUGUGGCACAGUUUCUCUUACUUGUUGUUUAAUCACCAAAGUGAUUAUUUCAUGCUUACACCAGAAAGUUAUUUACAAUAGUUGUUAAUUAAUUUAUUUAAAGUUGUUACUGAUAUAUUUCAAAUUUAUCAGUAAACUGGAAAAAUCUGUAUCAGUAGAACUGAUUUCUAAUUGUGUAAUAUCCUUGGCCUUUACAUUGUCAUUUGAAGUUAACCAGUUCGUUGUAAUCUCUUGCAAAAUUUCAUCUUCUGAAAAUUGUGUAUUACUGUCAGUUUGAAUCGAGCACCUAUGUAACUUAACUUUUUAUAUGAUCUUUGGGAAGCUGACAAGUCAAUAUAGUCCCACCAACAUCGAAUGUGCACUAAUUUUAAAGAUGUUUAUGACACUGAAAAACUUGUAGUUGAUUAUGAUUGUCUUGUUAUAUCUCAAAAACAUUGGUGAAAAUGGGCAAUUUUUCAGAAAAAAUCUCCAUGCAUCUUUCAUUUUCAUAAAAUUUUAAUAUGGUAGGGUUUAGAUGCCCUUUUGAGUACAACCGAAGUAAAAAUAUUUAAAGUAAUUGGAACCUUUAUUGUCUGCAGCAUUAUUAAAGGGUAAUGCACAUCCCAGGUUAUGCAACUCCUCCAGAAUUGUCAUUAUUAGGAACAUCAGACAUGGGUGUGUUAAUGUGUACAAUUGCUGGUGAUAAAAUCAACAGUUCAUAAAAUUAAUGUAGGUCACGCAUCUUCAUAAAGAUCUGAUGUCCGGAAUAAUCAUAAAUCUGGUUGAUUGUGUACUGGAUACUUAAUAUAUUGCUGCAUUCAUCAUUGUAAAAUAAUGUAUGUAUUCUUUUGUAACUGAGGUGUGGCUAUUGGGGCAAGGAGCUCCUGAUAGGUAUAAUAUUUUGAAUGAAAAACGAUUUCUACUUACCUAAGAACCCUUACCUGUAGGGAAUUUAUUGGGAGUGUAUCAGUGAGCCCAUCACUCUCCAGUGGGAAUUAAGGGAACAAAUGUUUUUGCUGGUGUGAGUUGUGGAUUGAAGUACAUGUGGACUUGGCAGGAUGAAAAUCACUGGUUUGUCUAAACUAAACAGUAAUGGUGUUUGGCCAGUGAUGAAAUCUGAAAGUUAUAAACGUUUAUAUGGUUGUGUUGGGAUAAUUCCAGUCUUCAACAUAAAUGUGAGCCAUGAAUCACUAUUUUUGGAAAUUAAAAGAUUUAUUGAGAAAAGUGGAAAGGACAAUCUGUGCUUCAAGAAGGUGUUAGACUCGGCAAAUUAAUCAAGAAUGUACAAUUUCGUCUACAGAUUGUGGAAGUGGAUACAGAUUGGAGUCUUUUUAGUAAUUCCAUACAAAGGUGAAUAAGAAGAUUUAUGUGAAGUAGCAGAAUAUAGGCAGAUAAUGGAGAGACGAUUGUAUGGACAAGGAUAAUAAGGAGCGACAUCAGCAAGUUUGCAAGCUGCGCUAUUUUGACUGUGGAGUCACGUGCUUCUGAAUCCUAUUAAUUUUUGACUUCAACAUGUGCUUCAAAGUCAUAGACAGUAGGAUGACAUGUGAUGCCUUGGUAUGGCCUAGUUAAUGAGUUGUUUCUUAGGAAAAUGCUUAGUUUUGUUUUUAACAAAAAACAAAAAAGAACAACACAAAUUUUGAAACCUUUAGAGUUUUGGGGUUUAUAUACAGUAUGCCAUUCAGUUUUGAUACUUACCAUCAAUAAAGAUAUAUUUGGGGAAAAUGUAUAUCAAAUGAAAUCUUAGUUUUGUAUAAUGUCAACAUGAAAACAAUACCUAUGAUAAUGGUAUAAUUCUUCAGUAUUUUUUUCUUUUAGAAUACUUAACAAAAGUGAAAUUAUCUUUAGCACUUUAUUUCACAAUCGUGAAAUGUUUUAUGUAUGUGGAAUGAUUUCAUAUACUGUAUUGUCAGUGAAUGCUGAAUAAAACUUGUGGAUAAAAUUAUUCCAAAUUGUGAGGUUGAAAUAGUGUUUUUCAGUGAUUAAUUACUGUUUUUCUUGAACUCUCUACAUUUAAUAGUAAGCAAAAGAUCUACUAAAUUGGCAUAAUAGACAAUAAAAUGAUUAUGUAAAUUUAAAAAGGCUAUUUCUUGUUGAAUAUUGCUCAUGAAAUAUGAAUGGUGAGGCCACUAAUUGUGAUGUCUCAAUAGUCUUUUGAUUAGACAAUAUACACCUCUAGAAAUCGGAUUUUGUGUCGAUUUCAAACUAUUUUGUUGAGAUAUUUUAGGCUGUAGCAAUUAUUUACUUUGUACUCAGAAUCACUGGUGGCAUUUAUUUUAAUCAAUAGUUGGGAUAACCACAAGAUAGAUUGCAAGAGAACAUGUUUUGCAGUCAACAAAAGUAGAUGACCUACCAAAGAAAACCUGUGAUAAAAUUUUUUGAACAACUGUUUUUACCAACAUGAUAUUUUCUGAUUGUAUUAUACUGCCAUGUUUAUUACACGAUUUUGCUAUUAUGUGGACUAUCUGUAAAAAAUUGGAUUUCCAACCAUAUGGAUUGUUUGCAAAAGUUUUGCCAGCCAGUUUUAUAUUUUUUAAAUGGAUAUCAGAUACCUGAAUCCUGUUUGUAUUGAUAUGUUCAUUUAAUGAUGUAGAAGGUGGGAUAUUAUCUCUACAGCUGGAAAAAUUCUAUGAAAUAUUAGUAUGGAUUUGCCAGUUCCAUUUAGUAUUUAAUUUAGAUAUCAUUUGUGCUAGCAGUAUAUUUUCAAGGACACACUCAUCCUGCUAAGUUGUAUUAGUAAAGCAUACUGUACAAAUUUUUGUUGUGAGUGAAUAUUCCUUAGCUGUACAGUAUUUUUCUUACCAUAAACAAUAUUGUUUGAAGCCAAAUAUCACUUUUAAAAAUAUUUUAUUCCAGUUUUAAUCUUCCCAAAGAACAGUAAUAUAUCUUUGCAGCUUUGUAAGCAUUCCAUGAGGUUGAACCAGAAUUGUCUAGUCAGAUGAGUUUUUAACACAAGCAAAAGAAUAGGUUGUAAUAUUUAUAUUUUGUUAUCUGAGGAAAGUAUGUCUAUUAUGGUUUUUAGUAUAUCUUUUGUUAUAUUUUACAUUAUUACCAAUAUUUUGUUUUAUUCAGUAAAUAUCAGUUUUUAUCUACAAGUGUAAUGAUAGAAAGAAACAUUUCGCCAUCUGUUCAUUCCUAGGAAUCAUAACCUCCACUAAAUUUACCUCUUCUUCUUAAUUGUUCAUUUGGUAUGUACAUAAUUUUAAUCAUAUUUUAGCAGCUUGCAAACCUGUUGUUAAUGUAUUGAAGGAAAUGAAAGAAUAGAUCUUGUUUUGUAACAAAGAUG